AGCGUGGCGCUGGGAUGCCGGGGCGAGAGGCAGAGGUAAUGACGUGCGUCCGGCCCGCAGCGGCGCGGUGCGCCGGCACCGCUCGCGAAGCUCGGCAGGGACCCGCGCGGCUCCCCCUGCAUGGCAGACAGAGGGAGGGGGGCCCGCGUCGCCCCCUGCGCAGCGCCCCGUGUGCCGCGCGGUGCGAGGCGCGGGGCCCGGCAGCGCGGCCCCGCGUUAAAGGAGCGAUUCUCCGCUCUUUGAAGCGGUCCUAAGGGCGGUGAGGCGGAGGCCGUGGUUUAGAAGCGGAUAAAGCAGCCAUGUCCCCCGUUCCUCUCCAGAUGCAUCCCGUGCUGAAGGCCUUCGUCUGCGGCUCCAUCAGCGGCACGUGCUCCACGCUGCUCUUCCAGCCCCUCGACCUGCUGAAGACCCGCCUGCAGACCCUGCAGCCGACCGUGGGAGGGUCCGGUCGUGCUGGGAUGGUGACGGUGCUCUUCAGGGUGGUUCGUACUGAAAGUCUGCUGGGGCUCUGGAAAGGCGUCUCUCCCUCCUUUGCAAGAUGUAUCCCUGGGGUCGGGAUUUACUUCAGCACUCUGUACACCAUGAAGCAGAAGUUUCUAGGGGACCGUUCACCCACAGCCCUGGAGUCUGUCUUUCUGGGUGCCACUGCACGUGCAAUAUCUGGGAUUUGCAUGUUGCCAGUAACAGUGGUGAAGACACGGUAUGAGAGUGGAAGAUUUGGCUAUGGGAGUGUGUAUGGAGCUCUGAGGAGUAUCUAUCAGACGGAAGGGGCUCGUGGCAUGUUCAGUGGGCUCACUGCCACUCUGCUACGGGAUGCACCUUUCUCUGGGAUCUACCUGAUGUUCUACACACAGACCAAAAAACUCACACCUCAGGGAAUCUUGGCUUCACUGGCAACGCAGCCUGCUGAUGUCAUCAAAACACACAUGCAGCUGUCCCCUGAAAAGUACCGCAGGACAAGCCAGGCCAUUGCCUUCAUUUACAAGGACUUUGGCUUGGUUGGCUUCUUCCGAGGUGGUGUGCCUCGUGCCCUCAGGCGUACUCUGAUGGCAGCAAUGGCGUGGACUGUAUAUGAACAGAUGAUGGAAAAAAUGGGCUUGAAAUCUUGACUGACUUGCACUAGAACUGACCAGCCUCACUCCUUCUCCUGCGUGCUGUGACCAGCUGGCACUGGGAAGUUCCCAGUUCCAUGGAGGAAUAAGCCUUGCUCAGCUGGGAGGAAGAAAGCCCUUCUGAGACAGAGGAUUAGGCCUUUAGGGAAGUAGAAGAAAGAAGGAUCAAAUCUUCGCAUCUUUUGAUCAAUGCAUUCCGGAAGGACUGUACCUGGGACUGCCUUGGGCAGGGUUUCCACAGCAUGGUAUCUAUGUUGAGAGAAGCCCAUUUUAAAAAUAGCUCCGUGCUUACCACCUUUGUGCAAUGAGAAAUUGCUGAACAAAAGCGUUUGAGGAGAAAACAGUGAGGGCAAUGUUGACUGCAGAACUUGCUCGCAUGUUCCUUGCUGUCUGGCCAGUAAGGCCAUCAUGAUACACCAUCUGAUGCAGAUCCUUCUUCCUCAUAUGCUUUGUUCUCGCUGGGAGCACUGCAGACCACAGUAGGAGACUGGAUAUGUCUCUUGGUGUUUAUAAUGCAGGAGUGGAUGGAAGAGGAAUGAAGCAUGGAAGGAAAGCGAGGAGUACAUUUUCUGUCAUCAUUUUCCUACUGUGCUUGAUAGCAGAGAAGGUAAUGUGCACCUCCCUGCUGUGUUGCCAUUAGGUAACUGAGCAUCGUAACACUUCAGAUACAUUUCUGUGGCUACAACAGUGUUUGCACUGGAAUUAGAAAGAGUAAGGCACUUUAAACCAGAAGUAGAGAGUGCAUUAGUUGCUACCAAAAUUCUACUGGUUCCCUGAAAAACAUUUUUCCCGCUGGUCAGACUAUAUCAGGAAAACUUAAAUGUUUUUUAUCCAGCUGUACUAGAGACUUACUCACUUCCUAUUGCUCGUUUGCUGAUCCCUCUGUACAAGCUGCUCCUUAGAUGUAGCUUUUAAGAUCAUAGCUCCCAGAGCAUAAAUGUAUAAUGGAAGCAGAUACAGAUACUGACGCUUUAAACUUCCCUGAGAAGCCACUACUGACUGCAUGUAGAAUAUCUUUGGUUUGGGAGAGAAAAGGCUAUUCUUUUCUCUCAGCUUUCUCCAAAGUUUGAGGUGUUUGAGUGUUUGGUAGGGACAGAGAAACCCUGGACAGAUUGUCAGACCUUCAUUUUCUCUUAGCAGGUAGCCUGUUCUUACUUCAGUAUUCCUGAGUUUAAACUUGGGAGAUGAAAUAAUUUUUUUUUGUUAUCAUCUGUGCCUUUUUUUGUCAUUCCUACUUCAGGCCCCAAAGUUUGACCUUUCCAGUCUUAGCACAGCCUGCUCCCCUCUUCACUUGUGCCUCGGUACUGGCUGGCUGCAUUGGCACUCCUGCAGCUCUGUUGGUGUUGCCACAAAGGUGGGCAUGGAAGUGCGUGUCCUACUCUGUAGCAUGCCUUGCAGAAAACAUAGUAUUGGCUUUGAUUUUCCUUAAAUAUUCAGGAAUGUCAUAAUUCACUUUAAAAUGAGUGCAGAUGUUAAAGUCAGAGCAGAUAUGUCUAAAUCUGUAUGUAGCUAUAUUGUUAAAAAUUGAAGUAUUACUUGCAUAACCAGUGCCUGCGCUGGCAACCUUCGGACCACAAGACCAGAGGGGACACAGGCUGUAAAAGAUGCCUUUAGCAAAUUCCAAAUGCAAGAAGCUUUGAGUGAUGUGAAAAUGAAGUCUGAGAAAAGUAUAAAGGACAGGAGAGGUAGUGUAGGGUCCUGGGUGUGUGUUUUGAGCAUUAAGAAUAGAGCACAGCAUCAAAUAUUCCAGUCGGACUGGCAUGCUGGUAGAUGGAUGCCCUGUGCUGCUUCUGGCUGUCAGGCACGUGGGCAGAUCAUUUGCCAAAUCCAAAAUCCGAAGGAUAGUUCCUCCCUUUUGCUGUCCCUCCUACCGUUUGUGACCUGGACUUGUGAGUGCACAUGAAGCAGUGGUGGCUGUGCAUCCUGCUGUCAGUUACCUUGAGCAUUGCUGACCCAGAGCUGCAGAACUGAGCCAAGGGCUGCUGAGCUGGUGGUGUCUUCUAUUCUGCUAUGCUCACCUGGCACCGGAUGCGUGGAUGUUUGUGGGGCUUUCUUAUUCUGGGGUGUGUGGUGGAUCUGUUGUGCAUCUUGUGGUGUGGCAGUCAAGGGCUACGCAGGGUUACCUGCGAGAUGAUUCCCUAGUAUUUUAGUUGCUGCUGUAGCAGUGGGAAAGCACUGCGCAACUUGUGCAGAUAGAAGCUCAAUGAGGCACACGAGCAAAGAAAGCUAGGUGACAAAUCUUGUACUAAGUUAUGUCCUCAUCAGAAAUCUGAAAUGCAGGAAUGCUUCAGUGGCUUUUAGGCCCUCUCCUCCUGCCUGGUCAAGUAAUAAAGGAAGACCUAAAGAAUCUAGUCUGACCUGAUUUUUAUCUUGAUUCUAGCCUAAUACAGUGUUAGCUUUUUCUUCAUGAAAGCCCUUCCAUUCCCCACGCUUUUUGGAGAAUGAGGGGUCUCUUUGUCAUUGCAGCAGUGUGAGAAACUAUAUGUUUUUGGCAUGUGAACUAGCCUGGGCUCUUGGAGUUUAACAAACCCAAAUUUCACCACGUAUUUCAUCAGCCCUUGGUGUUGCAAAUCCAAAAACCUCUCUACACGUGAGCCAGUGAGAUUUGUCGUGUGAGUUUGUUUGUUUUUAUUAUUUCUUUUGUUGCUUCCCUUACAUAUGGGAUAAGAGAGAGCCUGAAGUUCUGCUUUGCGACCUGAAAUCUGUAUCAGAUAGGCAGGUACAAGACUCAGCUUCCUCAAUUCUGAUCCUUACUACCCCUCACCCUUUUACUCUCUUCAAAAACAUUCUGUUUCUAAAGUGAUUUGUUGAAGUUACGUUUUGAUAGUUAUGCCAAGUCAAAAACAAGUGUUUGGCUAUAUUGCUUGUGAUGUUCUGUGCUUCUCAUCAACCACAAAUUGUUGCUGUACAACCUAAAUGCAAAUAAAAACCAAAGAAAAUUCCAGAGGCAGGUACUGAGUUACUGCAUAACCCCUACAAUUCAGUGCUAACAAUCCCAGCAGAUAAUCAUUUACAAAGUCAUUUUAGCCUGGAUUUUGGAGAAGCAGGUGUGAUAGUGUGAGCUUUUUUAGAUUGCCAGAUCACCAUCAGACCCCCCUCCCAAUGACCUCAGUUGAUGGCAAUUCAAUCUUAGUAAACGUGCAUUGACUCUGUUACCCUUGUAGCUGUGCUCUAAGAACACAACAGGUUAACAAGCUGAGGCAGUCAAUGUUUACCUGAAGUACAAAGAUACAGGAGAAAUAGUCUGAUUGUCUAUUGGUUUUGUGUUAUUUCCAUGCUGCCUGUAGUGGUUUUUUUCCUUCUUGCACUAUUUUAAACAGAACUGGAGCUUUGGGACAGAGUACAGGUUUGAGUAUUUUGAGUGUAUGUUUACAUGAAAUAUUUAUGCGAUAAGGAAUAUAUUUAUAUUAAAAGCUGUGGUUGCCAAAAU